AUGGCCACUCCAAACAACACAGAACCAUUCCCGGCUGUAGGCGACGAGACGAGCGAAGCCACGCGCGGCCCGAGCCACGAAGAUGGGCGCAGCACUGCCGCCACCCGACCGACUGCGUCGUCGUCCAUCAGUAGUCGCAUACGACGUCUCUCCGUGACGUUUGAGGAAUCGGGCCCUCCAGAGGGAUUUAUGGCUGCCACCGGCGGCAUUGCUUCCUCCAUGAUCACAGGGCGUCCUGCCAGAGGCUCGAUAUCAUCGUCCAUUGAGCGGCGCGACUCCGCGAAUCAGGCGCAAGAUGCGUCGCCUGGUCCCAUACGAACCAAUACGAUACACUCGGUGGCGGAAGAACAAGAGCCCCAGCACAUGUCCUUUAAGCCGUCUGCCGCUAAAUUGAACGAGCCCUCUGCGACCGCCGCUUUUCCGAAUGGCUACCACUUCCCCCCCAAACAUUCAUUUUGGCAAUCCACGAAAGACGCCAGCAUAACGUUUUGGAAUUAUUUCAUCACACCUGUCGGGUUCCUCGUGACUUUAUAUGGCCUCAAUGUUGUAGCAUGGGGCGGCAUGCUGUUUCUUCUUCUCUGCAAUGCCUCUCCUGCAAUGUGUCGUCCGAACUGCAACGACAUCAACUCUCCUCGACGUAUCUGGAUUGAAAUCGACUCGCAGAUCUUGAACGCCCUAUUCUGCGUGACUGGCUUCGGUCUGGCGCCGUGGCGCUUCCGAGAUCUGUAUUUUCUUAUGAAGUACCGAUUGGGUGGCCAAGAAGUUGGCCUUCGCCGGCUGGCAGGCAUUCACCGAGGCUGGUUCCGUUUACAGGGAUCUUCGGAUCUGGAACCAUCCAUCGGCCCUGACAAUGUUGCGAAUCGGCCUAACAAGGGGGAUUCUGACUCUGUCCCUUACCCUGAAGAUAAGAUCCCUGAUGCUCCUCUCACUGGCGUACGAGCCCGCGCCACGGCCCUGUGGAAGCUCGAUUUCGUUAUUUGGUUCAUGGUGGGCAACACGUUACUUCAGUGCGUUCUCUGUGGAUUCAUGUGGGGAAUGAACAGAUACGAUCGACCCAGUUGGUCUACUGGUCUCUUCGUAGCAUUGGGCUGCAUCGUCGCCAUCAUUGCGGGUCUCGUCAUGUUCUUCGAAGGCAAGGCCGUCAAGGGCGUCGAGGGUGUUCCUAUUAGUCAGGCUGACAUGGAUCUGCUUGCGAGAGACAGGGAGCGUGGUAUCUACCACUAUAAUAACAUGGGGGACAAGGACGAAGAGAAGAGCAGGAAGGAGAAGAAGAAGGGAACCAAGACGCGACACGGUGAGGAAGAGAGACUCAAAGAGGCAGGCGUUGUUGUAAACAAUACUUGA